AUGGUGGACACCCUACAGUUCAAGAUGAAGUUGUCAGCCGAGAAGUCUGUGGUCACUGACACAAUGACUGCUGCUAUUACGGCCGUUACUAACAUCACUGCCAUCUUUACAACAGUCAGAACAGAGACGAGCUCAGCUGGUAUAAAUAUAACACUGCAGGAAGGAUGUACUGGUCAGACAUGUUUGCAAAAUCUCCUUGGUCAGAUAGAGAACAUUUCAUCUCAAGUGCUCUCUGUGACUACUGUGACAAACAUUUUGACUGUGGCCCUCAACGCUUCAGAGAAGAUUUUGGACUCAUCAUCAUCAGCAAGCCGAGCUGAACUAGCCUCCUAUGGAAACCUUGUGUUAAAAACCAGUGAGAAACUCAUUUCUACAUUAGUGAAGCCGACAGACACAAAUGACAGUGUCAGUUUUACUCUUCCUGCUGUAGAGGGCCAAGUCUUCAUGGUUGGACCAAAUGUCACCUUAGUUAAAAUCCCUCGACUGGACACGACAAAUUCUUCUGUGGACAUCGAUCUCAUUGGGAUUGCCAAGAACAACACUGAAGGAUCAGCUGCUGUGGCUUUCAUGAGCUACACAAUAAUGGAGAAUCUACUGAAGCCAGACUUCUUCAACACAUCAAAUGACACGAUUAAAACCAUGAUGUCCACUGUGAUCUCAGCUACUCUUCCCAAAACCACCAACACUAAACUCACCAAACCAGUCAACUUCAUCCUCAAACACAUCAGAGAGUUUGAUCCCAACGGUUCUCUGUCCUGUGUGUACUGGAAUAUCAAUGAGUGGCUUGUAGAUGGAUGUUCUGUUUUAGAGACCAACAGCAGCUACACUGUGUGUUCCUGUGAUCAUCUGUCCACAUUCGCUCUCAUCAUGCAAACCAGCCGCCCACCAGAGAGUGACUCUCAGCAGGGUCUGUUGAAUUUGGUGUGUGUGAUCGUGGGGCUGGUAUUCUUCACUUUAGCCCUGUUGACCUUUGCCCUUUGUCAGUGGAGCCCUGGAGUGAAUAAUGUGGCUCGAAUCAACAUCUGCAUCAGUCUUCUGCUGGCUCAACUUCUGUUCCUGCUCACACAGGAGUUAUUGAGCCUCAUACAGCGUCAGAAGGUGCUGUGUGCCGUGAUCGCAGGCCUUCUGCACUUCCUCUUUCUCUCCGGCUUUGUGUGGAUGUUCAUUGAAGCUGUGCUGCUCUACAUCUGUGUGAAGAACCUAUCAAAGAUCAGCUCUAAAAAGAGGGAGGUGCUUAGCAGUGGAUUGCUGUGUGUGAUUGGAUAUGUGGUCGCUCUGGCUGUGGUGUGUAUGUCUGUCGUUCUGGUUCCUGAAGGCUACGGCAGCAAACAUUGCUGGAUUAAACUUGAUAAAGGUUUUAUCUGGAGUUUUCUGGGUCCUGUUUGUGUCAUACUUGCUUUAAACAUGAUUCUCUUCAUCAAUAUCGUUAUCACUCUAAACUCAACUCUCAAAAAACUGAAUGCUGAAGUUUCACAGAUGAAACAAACAAAGGUUAUGGUGUUUAAAACUCUGGCUCAGCUUGUGGUUCUUGGUUGCCCCUGGAUUCUGGGUUUCUUCAUUAAUGAGAGUAAGGUGUUGGAGAUCCUCUUCCUGAUCUUGAACUCCCAGCAGGGAACCUUCAUCUUCCUGAUCUACUGUGUCCUCAAUAAUGAGGUCAGGCAGCAGUACUGGAAGUUCUUCAGAUGUCUUUGCUGUGUCAAACAACACUGAGGACCACAACAUCAUUUUCAGGAAGUUAAAAUGCUGCUGAAGUGCAAUUAUU